UAAGGCCGAGACAAGAUGGAUCGCAAUCGUAUAUUAGGAGAUCACCUAUUAAACAGAUAGGAUGAAUUACAAUUUAUUCCAAUAGUAUUGACAUUUCUGAUAUUGCGUAUUGAAUUGUAACCUUUACCUUCGACUGCGAUAAAAUCUAAGGAAUCCGGAUGUCCAUAUUGUACAGGAAGUCAAUUAGCAGGUAAAUAGUGUAGUGUUAAUUACAGGUAAAUAAAUAAACGUGAAUGUCAACGUUACACCGUCUUUAUUAACAGGUCUGAGUACAUACACGUAAGGGGUGCCUGUAUAUGAAGAGGUAACAAAGUUGAUUGCUUGAAUAUGACAUCAGGGACAGGGGAGGAACAGUAUGACUUCAUUUGGAAAGUUGUGCUGGUAGGAGAUUCUGGUGUGGGUAAAACCAAUCUGCUUUCAAGGUUUACACGCAAUGAGUUCAACAUGGAGAGCAAGAGUACCAUAGGUGUAGAGUUUGCUACAAGGAACAUGCAGAUCAAGGGGAAGACAGUGCGAGCACAGAUCUGGGAUACAGCUGGCCAGGAGAGAUACAGAGCCAUCACCAGCGUUUACUACAGAGGAGCUGUGGGUGCGCUUGUCGUCUAUGACAUCAGCAAGGCGGCGACAUUUGAGAACCUCAGCAAGUGGCUCGGAGAGCUAGAUGAACAUGCUGAUCCCAACUGCUGUAUUAUGAUUGUAGGAAACAAGACUGACCUGAAACACCUGCGGGAAAUAACCGCAGAAGUGGGCAGGUCCCUUGCAGAGAAACACAACUACUCAUUUAUUGAAACUUCAGCAUUAGACAACACUAAUGUAGGGGAGGCAUUUAAUAAUUUACUAGUUGAUAUAUUCAAAUUGCAAGUGGAAGCCCCACCAUCUGUGCGAGCAAGCACAACCAAGCUGGGUGAACACGAAGUGAAGAAGAUGGAACAAGUAGACACUUGUGGUUGCUAGGAUACCUGUGAACAUUGGCACAGUUUUGUAGAGGAAAAUAUUGACACAGUAUUUAAGGGAUAAGCAAAUCAAUAUAUACAUUGGCGUGAUAUGUUUUAAAUAACGAACAUACUAUUUGUUUUAGGAAAAAACACAAUAUAAAUGGAACUUCAGAUGUAUAAUUCUGAAUGAACAUUGACACAGUCAUUAAUGAUCAUGAAUAUAAAAUAUAAUUUAGGAUUAUAAUUUGAGCAAAAUAAAACAUUUAGGCCGCAUGAAUUUCAACUUUAAUUUCAUUUAAAUAUUAACAAGGACAUUUGAGCAUUUUUUAACAUUAAGUAUACAGACACAAGUUUCUUUGUUUGAUAAAAUAUCAGUUGGGACCUUUGCAUGUUUAAUUUUUCAACACAUUAUAAUUGAAAUCAUAAUGGCAUUGAGCUAAGUUUGAAGCUAUUUCUUAAUCCCUAACACUUUUUUAUGGACAUAGGCGCAUGACUGUGGAGCUAGACACACGAUGGCUGUGUUCAGAUUUCUAUUUCUUUAAAACUCUGUUUAACCUGGCCUAUAAUCAAACCAUUCCAUGAAGACAUUCCUACAUCUGAAGUACCUUUGGCAUUCAUUCUUUUAUUAAUUAAAUAUGGUGUUCAUAAACCUUUUUGCUCUUGUAUUUUGUGUUUUGUGUGUCUUUUUAAAACAAAGUCUGAAAUUCUUUGUUUGCUUAUUAAUUUUGUAAAGCCAUAUUGAAGUUGUGAUUUUGUAAUGACCUGUUCCACACAUAAGUGUGUUGCUUUGUUGAUUGUUGGAACAGAAUAUGCCUAUGUUUUAUUUAUGUGAAAGUAUGCUUAAAAUGUUACCUGAUAUCAGACUGUGUGAUGUUUUCAAUACUGUAAUUACUCUUAGUGUUUGGACACUUAAGUUUUAGCUAAAAUAGUAAUUUUUUGGUUCAUUUUUUUCUUCAGAUUUUCCACUUUAAUUAAUUACUGUAUUUGUUCACAGUUUUGUAUAUGACUACAUCAAACACAAUGAUAUUAUUUUAAACUCAUUGCAAAUAUAUCCUUAAAUAAGUAUAAGACAGUGUCUAGAACUUAUUUGAUGAAAUUAAAACUAUGCUAAUGAAUAUUUAUUUAACAUUAUGACAUACAUUUGAUCUGGCUUGGUUGUAUUUUUAUAUUUUUGUAAUCUCUGUGAUUUUAAAUUUGGCUUUUUUAUUUCUUCAUUUAGAUUUAGAUAAAGUUGAUUUACUAGUAUAGUUAUUUUCUGGUGCUUGACAUAAGACGGUUAGUUUUAAUGUACACUUACUAAAUCGGCUUGUUUUCUUUGCGUGUGCAUUGUUUGUUUGUGCUUCAAAGAGUAUUUUUCAAUACUAUUGUAGGCAUUAAAGAUUGUUAUUAACCUAAAUAUUUGAUAAUUACAAAACAUGAUGUGAUUCUAAAGAUUGUUAUUAAUUAACAAACACUAGUUCGUGUGUGAUAGCAAAAAAUCAGGGAGAUUUAACAAUAGCUAUGCAAUAAGUUUAAUUGUGGAUGUAAAUUUUUGGCUCGUAGUUUUAACUUGAUUGAUUUUUACUCAAAUAUUGUUUGGAGCAAUUGUUAAAUACACUGUUUUGUAUAACAUGUUAUUUUCUCUGGAGUAACAUUAACAACUGCAAUAUUGUGAAAUACAUUACUCUGACACAGUAUUAGAUGAAAAUACACAAGUUUUUCUCAAAUGCAUAUGCCUAAAAUCAUUUAUGCCGUCCCAAAUUAGCCUGUGCAGCACUGGCUAAUAAAUGAAGAAACUUUCAGACCAGACUGGAUUUUUAAUAAGAAGAGGCCUUUUGUAAAAAAAUAAUCAUUAAAAGCUGAAAGUUUCAUCCCUUAUAAGCCUGUGGGGAUUGCACAUGCUAAUAGGUAUAUUUUACGCACAUGCAUUAAGCCCCAUUUUCUCAGAGCGGGGCUUGUAGUGCACUCAAAUACAUAUGUAUACAUUCACAAGUUGAUAUUGCUAAGACUCUUUGAUUCCCAUUCCCCAAUAUGUUCAUUUAUAAAAAAUCUUAAGACCAUGUGUUUUAAGUAUUGCAUGCAUUUGAUUGCAAAAUUGUUGUUCAUCUAAAAAUCACAUUUAAAUCCUACGCUUCAUACAAUUUUAUUUAUGACAUUUGUAUGACCAUGUAUAUAAAACAUUGUAUAGAAAAGGAUUUUUGUAUAUUUUAAUACAUGGCAUUGCUUGCAUGAUUUUUCAUGCAAUCAUACACAUAUGUUAGCUUAUUAUUGUACAUAUCACAAUCAAUUCCAAUGAAAAACAUACAAAAUGAACAUGUUAGGUUAAUCUUGCAUGCUUGAUAGAUGGCCUGUUUUUGUAUUUUUACUGACUUUUUUGUUAAUUAUUUUGAUAUAUUUGUUGGUUUCUUCGUGUUUUCACAUGAACGCUCUACUCACAUUCUCCAUGUUAUUGAUAUGUAUUACUCUUCAUAGCUGAUUUAAUAAUAACUGGUGUUGUUUCAGAAUGGUUGAUACAUAGCAACCAUUUGGAAAAUUUACUGCAUUUUUUAGGUGUUCCUAUUAUUGACAUUUUGAUAUAUUUCAUUAAAAAGUUGGAGGCUGUAAAUGAAGUGUUUAGAACACACACAUUUAUACUAGAGUUUAUUAAAUAUGCACAAUAAUAGGGGGAGAUUUUUCCAUUUAACAGAUUUCCCUUCAUUAAAAUUAUAUACAUUUCAUCAUAAGAUUAUUCCAAAUCAGCUUACCAUUAUGCUAAAACAUAUAUAUUAAAAUGUGCAUAAGAAUUACUAUAGGAAAUGUGUUUUUUUUUAUAUCAGCUAUUGAAUCAAGGAUUGUGGAAUCAUUCAUAUAAAAUGUUAUGUGAAAGGUUCUUUAAAAAUAUCUGUAGAUUUUACAGUUGGAAUAAAAGCAUAAAUUAUAAACAACUUUUAUAUUGUAUAUACUUUACGAAAUGCAUUCUUUGUAACAUUUCAAGGUUUUGACGGUUUGGGAUUACAUUUAUUAAAAAACUAAUCUCUUAACAUUUAAAAAAAAAAUAGUUUAUGAUAAAAAUAAGAAAAUUACAAAGAAACACUUUCACAAUAUUAAACAAAUGUUACUUUCUUUCCUAUUGUUUUGCAUGUAUCGUUCAAAGGUACUUGAUAACUCAGUCUACACUUUUAACAAAGAUCUGGUAGGUUUACCCUAUUCUAGUUUUUUAUACAAAAAUAAAUAUAUUUUAUCUACAUAGGUCUGAACACUUGUAUUCUACUUUGUAUAUAUUUAUAUAUGUAUUUAUGGAUAUAAUGUGUUUUAAAUGAAUUUUUUUUCAAGGGUUUGUUAAAAGUAUUAAAGGUGAUAUUUUCAAUUUCAAGUGUACAAACUGAUUACAACACUAUUGGUCAGUCCCACACACAUAUUAAAUACACUUUCAAAUGUGUUAUGCUACCAAUACAUUGUACAUUAUUUGUUGUGAUGAACAACAUAUUACAAUUUUCAACUAAGUAAAAGUAAACAAAACAACAUAUUUCAUGUUUUAAGAUUAUUUUAAAGAUAUGAUAUAAAGCAAAUGUGCUAGAAGUAAUUUUGAAAUGCUUUUCUAACUAGUUUGUGCACAGUCUCAACAGGGGAUAUGAUUUUCCCUGUAAUAAAUGCUAAAGGUAUACUCCCUUCUUUUGAUUGAUAUAACUUAUUAAUAAAAAAUAUUUUUCAUAA